GAGGGGCUGGACUCUGAGCCAAAAUAACUCAGUAAGCAGCUAUGACUAAAUGCCUAGAGCAGCCGCCACAAGAGAGAAACACAGAUUGAGCAAACCGACUUCAGGAGGACAAUACUCUUUGAACACGGCUCAGCUUUCCUGUUGAAUUCGGGACAUAAGAACAAAAAGGCUCUCGUUUUUGAGGAGCCGAACGCUAUUACCUCACAGCCAUGAGUUCUCAGACAAGCUUUGGCAGCAGCAUGCUGUUCCAGUCUAUGAAUGAUGACCUGAAUGCAUCACUGGCUACAGCCGAUGAGUUAUCCAAAGAGUUCAACUCCCUGCUGAGCGAGGCCUCCACCCCCACCAACAACACAAAGUCUGGAUUUCAGACUAUUUCUACAAUCUCCAGAGAGAAGCCCCAGUCCACCACCUCCAUCACUACAAGGGAGUUAAGUAGCAGCAGUAAUGGCAGCUCCAGCUCUCAGCCUUUCUCCUCAGGCCCAACAACUUUACGUCCCAUGGACUCUGGCUUCUCCAGCAACAAAAACAGACCAUCCUCUCCUGUCUUCUUCACCAGCCCACUCUCAUCCCCCAAGAUCCAGACAAGGGCACACUCUCCACUUCCUCGAGCUGGAUCCGACGGCUACUCGUAUGGCCAACAGAGCCCCAAACAGUCGCCUCACAACCAAAGGCUUAAUUCCUCGUCUCUUUAUGACAGGAGCCCACACGCCUCAGUCAGUUACAUGGAUAGAAGCCCCUCUCCGAGCUCCACUUUGGACCAGUCAUCUCGGUCUGCCUCGCUCCAUUCCUCCUCCAACCUACUGAACCCUUAUGAGAGCAGCCAGAUGGGCCGCAGGUCGCCUCAGCCAGACAGAAGCCCCUCUCCUUUGUUAUUCAAUCGUCCAAUGACCAACACACUUCCUCGAAAUUUUGGCAUUUUGAGGCAACCUGAUCAGAAUAUGCCAGGACAAAAAAGUAUUGGCAAGUGGAAUGAGACAGAUCUGGACGUGUCUUACGAGAAGAAACCUCACCAACCCUAUGACAAGACAGAGUGGCUCCGGCCAUCUGUGCCAAAUAGCAGUUGGAGAGAAUCCAACCUCGAUGGACCGCCUCAAGCCCCAAACCUCAAAAAGGAUCCUCGCUCUCCUUCUCUCCAGUUUUCCUAUAGUUCUCUUCCACGUAACACACGUAUAUCAGUACCUCCAGAUGGUUCAUCCCAAGCUCACUCCCUUUACCCCCCUCAGCCCAUCAUCUCCCGUAUUUCUAUCCCCCCAAUUUCUGCUCACUCCCGUCAGCACAAGCCCAUCCCUCUCUCCGUUAUCAUGCGUCUCCAAAACCCCCACUGGGGUCAAAUGUCAACCUGCCACCCCAGAGUCCUGGGUGGAGAAGGUGACAUGGCAUCUUACCAACCAGCUGUACCGAGGGAAUUCUUCCACCAACCUAUACCCCAGCCACAGCAAAACCCACCUGAGCCGAGACAGCCAAUCAUAUACAGUGACGUGCUGAACCCAGGGGAUAUAGAUGCAGAAUUAGAGCGGCUGGACUUUGUGCCUGUGAUUCCCGAGAAUCCCAGCAUGCCAGAGGGCAAUAGUAAGGUCACUCAGGGCGUUCCCCCAGCUCCCCGGCCCCUCAGCCCAACCAGGCUGCAGCCAGUGGUGGCUCCUGAGGCCCAGAUCCAGGAGAUUCCUAACCUGGAGGAGCUGCUUCGCAUUCGUGCAGAAAUCCCCAGGGCCCUGAAGAAGCGGGGCUCUGUAGAGCAGUCAAAGCCCCUGAAGAAGGCCGACCAAUACCAGCCGAACCAGUACAAAAAUCUCAUUGACAAGCUUUUUCACAGGAAGAACCACCGGCAGAGGGGGGAGCAAGGUAGCGAUAGUGACAGCUCCUCAGACGUAGAGGAAAGUGCGACACCUCGUGCCCCUUUACCAGCACCUCGGACAUCUACAGUGAUUCCCUAUGACUUCAGAAGCUACCAUUCCAUUCUGCGGCGGUCCAAUCGGGAGUACAAAGGUUCUGCGAAGCGAGCUCGACUCAGCCCACUUGUCCUGCUACUGGAUGGCGCGUUGGUCGGAGAACUGGAGACAGUGCAGAGGGCCUUGCAGGAGAUGAACGACCCUAGCCAACCCAAUGAUGAAGGCAUCACUGCCCUUCACAAUGCCAUCUGCGGGGGCCAUUACAAUGUAGUGGAUUUCCUGGUUCGCUCUGGAGCCAAUGUCAGCGCACCAGACAGCCACAGCUGGACUCCGCUGCAUUGUGCAGCUUCUUGUAACGACCGUCCUCUGUGUGAGUUUUUGGUGAGGAAUGGAGCUGCUGUAAUGGCCGUAACAGAGAGCGACAGUGCUACUGCCUCCCAAAAGUGCGAUCCUUACGCUGUUGGGUUUGAAGAGUGUGAGAACUUCUUGAAGGGUGUGGAGGAGGCCAUGGGUGUGGAAAACAGUGGGGUGUUGUACGCUCUGUGGAGCUACCCAGCUCAAGCUGCCGAUGAGCUGAGCUUCAAAGAGGGAGACAUGGUCACCAUCCUGCAGAAACCAGAAGGGUCAGAUUGGUGGUGGGCCUCACUCUGUGGCAAGGAGGGCUUUGUUCCAAACAACUACUUUGGGCUUUUCCCGAAGGUUCGACCAAAAUCUCUGUGUUAAAUGGUUUCUUAAUGAUCAACCCUGGUCAAACUGGUGCAGUGGAAAGUCUCAAAAACUGUGCUUUACAGCUUCACACUGUUGUGUGAAAGGACUGUGUCUGUGGGAUUAUGAAAAGGCUGUAUUGCUGCAGGACAUGAGAAAUGUUUUUGAUCCGUCAGUCAAGGAGAGUUGAAGGAGAAGUCUCAGUAGUCAUUUUGGCCUCACUGACAAGUAUAAAUCUUUUUACAAGACAUAAUUUGUACUGGCGCUGCUGUAGGAUAUUUUUCUUGUACAGCUACAGUUCUGCACUGUGCUAAAUCUUUCUGUCAAGCUAUGCCUGUCUGACCAAAGGUUACUAAAGAGCCAUAUUCCCUGUUGUGUUGCUCAGCUUUGUUCCAAUCAGAAGUUGACAUUUCUGACUCAUUGGCUGGUUAGUAAUCAGAACUCAAACAGUGGCUGUUUGAGCAGUUCUCUCAUCUGCGAGGUCAAUGUAGCUGUAUGCUAUCAACAAACAUGACCCAUGAUUGCUCAGUUUAGAAAAGAGCUGCUUCAACCUAUUCAUUACUCAAACAGAGUUCUCUGCUGCUGGAUCAAAGAAGCAUCGAAAACUCUUAAGUGAAAAAGAGUGGUCAGACGUUGACAUGAAACUUGGAUUAUUUUUAUAAUAUUUCUUAAAUGUACUCUAUGUACAUAUCACUGUUUUUGCAAGUAGUUUAUCUGAUGUUAGUGUCAUUUCUUCCUUUUUCUCUCUAUGCAUACUGGAACUAUAUACUUUAUAUUUUCUGACAACUGCUGAUGGUUUUACUUGCCAAAUAUUUUUGAAGAGUGGUGUUUUAAUGGUUUCCUACCAAAUAGGGCUGUAGACUUUAGACUCUACUGUAGUCCACACACACAAUGUAGAUCUUUCAUGCUCCCUAUAUAAAUGAAUCUCAUUUUGAAGAGAAUGUGUGUUUUCUAUGACAGUGAAACUAUACAUUUUGUGGAUGUGUGUGUUUUCACAGUGGUAGAAUGAAUGAGUGUUUGGUGGCAUUUGUACUGUGUGUUUCUAUGCUGUCCAUUUUGAGUGUAUUGCUUUUGUUGCUAGGGACUGCUGUGCACGUAAGCUGUAAACCCUCCCAAGGGACACACAGUGACAAAAUGUUUAAAUAAUAAAUAAAUACAUGAGUCACA